AUGACUUUCGAUGCCUUCUCUCCUCACGAGGUGAUUGAGGCUAUCUCAAAAUCAGGCGCACAUAAGGGGAAUAUGCGGUUGGACAAGGUGCUUUUUAGUGGGGUCUCAGCUGGGUGUUUACUUGCAUUUGCUUGCGGGACUACUCUUAGUACGACUGCCGCACCCUGGUUUCAAGACAAUGCCCCGGGUCUGAUACGAACCAUCGGCGCCUUGGUAUUUCCUUACGGUUUGUGUAUGAUCCUCCUAACAAGUGCAGACCUUUGCACUGGAUCUUUUAUGUUUACUACAGUGGCAGUGCUCCAUCGGCGCUUGCCAUGGUCAAAAAUGUUGAUCCACUGGGCUGUGACAUUCAUCGGCAACUUCGCUGGGUCGCUAUUUGUCGUGGCUAUCAUCUUCGGCUGUAUGGAAUUCUUCCCUAUUACUGCCCAGGUGUAA